AUGUCAUCAUUGCUAAAAGAAGAAAUGCAGAGAAGCUUAUUCAGACCAGAGGGGCAGCAUCUGGAGGAAUUCAUAGAGAUCAUAGAACCUGCAGAAGGAAGACAUUUUCUCUGUGUAUCAGUGACUAAACUCAAAGCUGUCCAGAUUUCUGUGGUCAGAAACCUCAGAUUGGAUCUGAUAGACGCAUAUGAGAGAAUUGAAGAAUGGUCCCUGAAAGAUCUUGUUUUACUUGAUGGAAGAGACCCUGACUCUGAUGAACCACGGUUUGUGAUGCAUUUUGACACAGUUCGCUCAAUGACAGCAAUGAGCUGUGCAGCCAAAUACUCCCUGGCACGCGUGUUAGUUUCUCUCAGUACCACACACUGCCAUACUGACCUGACGCUGGCCAACUUUGACAGGACCUACAUCCGGCCAACAUCCCUGUACUCCAGCCGAGGAGACUGCAUGGUGCUCUGGCAGAUCUGCUUCUAUGCUGCCAAUCUGGUGUGCUUGUCACUGUGUCCCAUUCCCUGA